AUGGUCGACACCAUCUUCGCCGACGUGGCGCAGCCGGACCAGGCCAGAAUCGUGGCUUUAAACGCGCAGUACUUCCUCAAAAACGGCGGCCACUUCGUCAUCUCCAUCAAGGCUUCUUGCAUCGACUCGACGGCGCAGCCCGAGGCCGUCUUCGCGGCGGAAGUUAAGAAACUGCAGACCGACAAAUUGAAACCCCAGGAACAGAUCACGUUGGAACCUUACGAGAGGGACCACGCCGUGGUGAAGCUGCCAUGGACUGCACAAGGUCCAUCAGACAUGUCCGAAUUUAAAGAACAUGUAGAAGAGGUAUUUAGGACUACAAAACAACGAUACCUUGCGAAACAAAAGAACCAUGGCUUGCAAAAAAAACCCAAGAGUCAGCAGGGACCACAUAAGCAUAGCGGCGCAGAGCCGAGCGUCGCGGUACAAUGCAGAAAAUUUUUAACGCGUUCGAAAGCAUUGACUAGCGGCACUGAUGCUUUGAAACGCGCUCUUCUGCCUGUUGACGGACAAAGAAUUAAUAUGGACGGGGAAAAAAUUGAAAAAUUAAUUUUACUCGUAAAUGAGUAUGAAGAACUGUACGAUAUGUCAAAUAAAAAUUACAGCAACCAAAAUAGACGGGAGAUUAUUUGGGGAGAAAUAGGGAAGAAAAUUAAUGAAAGUGGUGAGUUCUCAUUUAUGUAUGUAAACAUUAUUAAUGUCACUAAACUAACAACUAUUUGA